AUGGGAGAGGCUGGGUGUUCAACACCCACUAAGGACCCUCUUGUUGAAGAACUGAAGGAAAUCAGAACUCAUGAGAAGACCAUAGAGGUCCCCUUGAAUGCCCUGUUGCAGAUUAUGGAGUCUGAAGAAUACUCCUCCUCUAAUAAGGAAGAGGAAACUAAAGAAGAGCAAGUUACUCAGUACUUGGCAAUCCUCAUGAAGAUGAAUGUAAAAUUCUGUGGAACAGAGGCAUUGAAAGAAGAACCCCCAGUACUUACCCAAGAGUGCAUUGCCCUGGUUCAGAGGAAGCUGCCUCAGAAGAGGCCAAACCCUAGAAGCUUCCUAAUUCCCUAUACCAUAGAGGUGCAAGCUGCCAACAUUUUAUUAGAGAUAGCAGACAGGUCACUGAAAAAGGCACAUGGUAUGGUGAAGGAUGUCCUAGUGAAGGUUGAAGACCUUUAUCGCCCAGCUGAUUUUGUAAUUCUUGACACUGGAGAGGACAGGGAUGAGUCCAUCAUCCUUGGAAGGCCAUUCCUUGCCACUGGAAGAGCCAUGAUUGAUGUAAAAAAGGGAGAACUAGUCCUGCAACUAAAUGAAGAUUGUCUUGUGUUCAAGGUUCAUAAAUCUCACUCUACAUCAGUUGAAGAAGGCACAAUUGACAAGCACUUAGUGCUUCCACCACUUCUCCUAGUACAGAGCCUAACAGAGCCCCCAAACACCAACUCUAAGUUUGGUGUGGGGCAACCAUCAUCAAGCUCUGAGAAGGACAACAGUAAGAAGAAAGUGCCUAAAGGCUGA